CAAAACAUUGAAAGAUAUCGUUCCCCCGGACCUUACCCAGCCGCAUGUAGAGAUUGUUUUCACCCUAGUCGCACAUUUGGAUGUUAUUCUAAACAACUCGAUGGCUAGCCAAAAAUGCAAAGAAAGCAUAUUGCAAAUAAUUGACCAGCUCCGACAACGGAAAGCUCGACCAGAUAUUGUGCGAAUAUGUCACAUGGCAGCCCGUAAGCAUGGAAUGAAAUGGCAAGAGACGGAAUCGCAUUUAGAAAAAUUAGUAGAGUCGGGAACAGUUGUAAAAGUGGAUUAUAAAGGGAAUGUGAGUUACAGAAACACAGCUAAAUGGAAGAAAACCCAUUCGUGGAAAAAAGUUGUUCAUUCUGAUAAAACUUUUAAAAAUAUUAUUACUGCGGUUCAAGAAAUUGCGCAAAAUUCCGGAGACAGAGGCGCAUCUGUGAAGGAGGUAGAACGUUGGCUGAGCGCAAAUACUCCGGAGCCCCAUCUGGAGCGCAGUCAGAUCCGGUCCGCUCUGGAUAAAGAAGUGGCAAGUGGAAGCCUAAAAAAGCUAGCCCAUGGUAACUAUAUUUGUAGCGAAAGUAACCCGGAAAAGAAAAUUGCAGAAAAACCCACCACCUCUGUUUCAAGCCCCGGUAAACGAGGACGUCCACCCUCAAAACGUAAGAAGUUCAAAAAAACUCAUGGCCCAGACUUUGAGACGCUGUCCUUUGGGAAACGUUCCAUGGAGGACUCGUCAUGUGAUUAUUGUCUGCAGACAGAACCAAUUAUCCGAAAAGAUUUCAAAGAGGGAAUCUUAGUUUGUCAGGAUUGCAACGCCAAGGCUCACCCUUCCUGUAUGGGAUACAAUUCAACCCUCGCUAAGCGUGCGCUGAAAUCUCCAUGGCAGUGCAUCGACUGCAAAACGUGCACCGUUUGUCUGGACGCAGGCGAUCCCGACAUGAUGCUAUUUUGUGAUGCCUGUGACAAAGGGUAUCACAUGAAUUGUCACGAACCAGCCAUUGAGGACAAACCACAAGGUAAAUGGGAGUGCCAGACAUGCCAAGAUACGGAAUCGGUGGAUGGAUGUAUGGAGGUUGAUGAUGCCAACGACACUGCAGACGACAGCCGAGACGAAAAUAACACAUCUUGUUUACCCACUCCGUACGAUUCUGCGGCAUCGUCUGACGAAGACCUUCGAAAAGAUGCCAAGAGGAGAUCGGAGGAAAGAUCACCGUCUGAUCAGAAGAAGGUUCACUAUCCUGACGCAUCCAAGUGGGAAGUAGAGGACGUAGUGAAAUUCUUCACAAGCCUAGGUUACAAGGAUCAGGCAGAAGCUCUGCAGGAGCAGGAAAUUGAUGGACAGUCUCUGUUGUUGAUGAAGAGAAGUGAUGUGUUAACUGGAUUAUCAGUCCGGCUUGGCCCCGCCCUUAAAAUGUACCAACACGUGAUGAAACUUCAGCUGGCAGGUGUGGACGCAAACAAGUAGCAAAAACACCGCGGCAAUAGAACCAGAGAAACGUAGCCUUCGGUGAAAGUAGAAUAUUGAAACUUUGUGGUACUUGCACGUAGUUGAGCUACUGUACUAAAAUCCACCAAAUUGUGUUGAAUGCUUUUUGCUAAUUUUUAGCGAAUGUUAUCUUGAUGAAUACUGUACUUGUCAUAUUUUCAUAGUGAACAAUUUAAUCAUACAUUCGUGUUUAGCAUCUCAGGUUUAAUAUCUAAGUACGUUUUCGUCAUCUGUUGUAAUUUGAAAUCCCAUAAGAUUUUAGCUUUAUACUUCUAUGCAGUUUAUCUAUUUUUUCCCAUGUAGUUAAAGUGUAGUCAUUUAGACAGUUUGCAAUUUUAGCUCUAUAUGUUAUUAAUUAAUACAUGUAAUGCCAGAAUCGAUGGAAAUGUGAAAAAUAUGCUUUUAUAAUUGCUGUAACUUAAAGCUGCAUUUUAUUUUGAAUGAAAUGUUAUAAUGUUGUGAAUUACU